AUUUUUCUUUGCCGUACGUAACCAAAUCCUGGUUAUAAUCUAAUUAUAAUAUGCAUAAAGAAAAGAGCAAAAUUAGAACUUGAAUAUAAUGUGUGUAUAUGUGUAUAUAUCUGUCUAACAUAUUACAAACAUAAUACUGUAAAGCAAUCGGUGAAAGAUAGAUUAUAAAGCGGAGGCGUGUUUAGAGAUUAAAAUGCACAAAGUGGCGGAUUAGUAAAAUAAACGUAGUCAUAAAUAUAAAUAAUGUUCCCGUCAGUCGAGCCAUUGUCAGUUCAAAAGUUGGACGUGCUUUUAAGACAAAGUCUUGGUAAUGAUCUUCAAAUAAAGCAUAUUGAAUGGAAGCCUCUAACCGCGCCAGGCGAGAACUUUGGAAGCGUUAUGCUGGCCAUCAUUGUCACCUUAACGCGGUCAAGCAACAAAACGGAAACUCUUCAUCUGGUCGCGAAACUUCCACCCACUUCCGCCUAUCUAUUGGGCUUGUUCAACAGUCCAGUGACAUUCAGGAAGGAGCUACAAUUCUACAGCGUGAUGGUGAAGGAAUUCACAAACCUUCAAAUAGAAAGUGAUGUCAACGAGAAGGACGCAAGAGAUCUGGUACCAAAGUUCUUUGGGGGAAGACUAGGUUUGAAAAAUCCAGAACAAUUUGAUGAACAAGCUGCUAUCAUUUUGGAGAACCUGAAACUCAGUGGCUACGAUACGGGCGAUCGAAUCUUUGGAUUGGAUAAGAAGCACACAGAAUUUGCAAUCGAAUCUCUAGCCAAGUUACACGCUCUCGCUAUUGCUUUAAAGAUGAAAAAACCUCAGUUAUAUGAAAGAAUAGCGGCAGAAGUAUUUUUAGAAGUUUCAAAUGAAAUCACAGAAAAGUGUGUUAAGGACAUGUUUGGGAAAAGCAAAUCGGAUUUAGAGAGCAUGGAGGAAAUUAGACCGUAUUUAGAUCGAGUUAAUAAGACCAUAGAGUACGAUCUUGAGGCAAAAAAAAAUCUUAAGAAACCGGAAGAACCUUGGGCAACAUUUGUUCACAGUGACUUUUGGGUGAACAAUAUGAUGUUCCGACACGAUGAAAAAGGAGAGUUAGUCGAUAUGAAGAUCGUAGAUUUUCAAUUAUCCGCAUAUGAUUACGGUGCGAAAGAUCUGAUCUUCUUUCUCGUGUCGAGCGCGAACGAAGACAUUCUGGAUAACAAACUGGACCAUAUGUUUGACUUGUAUUAUUCUUGUUUCAUUAAAAUGUUAAAGACGCUAAAAGUAGACACGGAGAAAUUUUCCAAGCAGAAGUUCGACGAAAUUCUGAAUCGUUGUGGGCCUGCAAAAUUCAAUCAAUGUAUCAUGAUGGCUCAAGUGAUUCAGGCACCUAAGAAAAGUACCUCAGAGUCAGAGAACGUGGAGGGUAGCAAUGUUUUCAUAGAUAUAUCUGAUAAUGUAAUAUAUAAACGAAAAUUAUUGCACAUUGUGACUCUAUUCGACAAAAGGGGAUGGCUGAUAUGUUGAUAUAUGAUAGGGGAGAGGGGAAUGUUGAUAUAUGAUGUACUAUUAAGAUGUAUAUGAUAAAUUGUUUAUAAUAUAUAAAAGUGUAUAUAGAAUUUUAAAGAUGUUAGAGACUUUUACAAUUUAAGAAUUUAGUCUUAAGAAGACACCAAAUAUGUUCAUAAGGGCUCUAAUAUUAUUAAGCCUUAAAAAUUAACUAGUUGUUUAAAAGUCAAAUUCGAAGUAAGUGUUUACUUUAUAAAACUGAUUCUGUAAUAUUAUUGUAGAUACCUGCAUCAUGUUAUUUUGCACGUAGAUAUACUUGUUUUUCAAAAUAAAAAUUCUAUUUUAUUACAUGAAAAUAAUACGAAUAAAAUUUAUCCAAUCUAUUAGGCCCCAUGAAUAAUGAAACAAUAUUCUGAAGUUCAUUAUCGUUCGUUUCUUCUAAUUUUCUAAUUUAUAUUGUAAUUAUUAUUGUAUCGUAAUUCUGUGAAGUUUCUAAAGGUUUCUAAAGGCGAAUCGAGCAAAAUCUUAUUUCGUUUUGCAUCGAUAUGCCCCUGCGGAACCCGAUAUAAUGACACAUGUUUUAUGUAACAUGACAUUGAAACACAUCAAUCGAAAGUAAUUUUCUCGAUUAAUCAAGUUAACUAUCUUGAAACAAUGAUACCAAUACCAUCAUUUCUCGUUGAUUGCAAGUGACAUUUAUGUAAAUCAUGUUUGUUAAUAAAAUAAAAAAAUGAAAUAUAAACAGCAAGCAAUAA